AUGGUAUUUUCUCAUGAUCCCGCCUCCCGCCCUGCAGACGACCCCUUCGAGAAGAAGCCGGUAACCGACUAUCUUCAAGACCAGAGCCCGUCGCUCGGCGAGAACGAUGAGAUCGACUGGACUGCUGAGGAGGAGAAGAAGCUGUUCAACGUUGGCCAACAGCUGCUCUCGGCCGGCAUCGUCAUCUUGGAGAUCCCAAGCAACCUUAUUCUCUACCGGAUCGGCCCGCAAAAAUGGAUCAGUGGCCAAAUCUUUGCCUGGGGGCUUGUUGCGACGUUCCAAGCCUUCCAAAAGGGUCUGGCAGCUUUCAUGGUUACCAGAAUUCUGCUUGGCUUAUGUGAGGCUGGCUUCAUCCCUGCCGGUCUUUACACAAUCUCCAUGUUUUACAAGAGAAAUGAGACGAGCAAACGCUUCUCCAUCUUCUUCCUGGGUAAUUUAACUGCUGUUGCGAGCAGCGGCCUGAUUGGCUAUGGAAUUCUGCAUAUGAGAGGAGUAGCAAACCUUGCCGGUUGGCAGUGGCUUUUCAUUAUCGAGGGGCUCUUCACCUGCAUGGUCGGGGUUCUGUUCGCUGUCCUAUUCCCCAAGAGUCUUUUCGAGCCCAAGAGCGCUUUUGGAUUCCGCUACUUCACCGAGCGCGAAGCCGACAUCCUCCGCCGCCGAAUAAUCUUCGAUGACCCGCGCAAACUGCAGAAAAAGAAGUGGAUUGACUGGGCAGAGCUGCGUUAUGCUCUUUCGAACUGGAAGGUGUAUCCCCACCUCCUGCUCACACUGACAGCCAUCGCGCCCAACAACACGCUCAACUCAUACGCGCCCACGCUCGUCAGCUCCUUCGGCUACGGCCGGCUGGUCUCCAACGCGCUCGUCUCGGUCGGCGGCUGGAUCGCGCUGGUCAUGAACGUCUGCUGGGGCCUGAUGGCGGACCACUUCGGGCAGCGCGGUCCGCUCGUGCUGCUCGGCGUGCUCAUCUGGUGGGCCGUCACCAUCGCCAACCGCGCCCUCAUCCACAGCGAAGAUAACCACGCCCGCUACGCCGUCCUCACCCUCGCCCUCUCCUUCUCCAUGACCUACCACGCCGUCAACGGCUCCUGGCUCGCCCUCAACGCCCGCACCGCCGGCGAGCGCAGCAUCACCAUGGCCCUCUUCAUCAUGGCCGCCAACGCCGCCGGCAUCGUCGGCGGCCAGCUGUUCCAGAGCAGCGACAAGCCGCUGUACGAGACGGGAUGGACCUCCAUUGUCGCCCUGACCAGCGUCGGCCUGGUCUUUGCCGUGCUGGCCAAUCUGCAGUACUGGUGGCUGAACAGGAAGAUCAAGAGGAGGGAGAGGCAGAUUGCCAUGGCCGGCGAGGGCAUCGUGCAGGAGGGUGAGGUGCAUCGGUACCACCAAUAG